AUGAAUCCUUUGACUCUUAAGUUUCAUGAUCGGAAGCUUGAAUAGAAAUAUUAAGAAAAUUAUUCGAAUGAGCUCUAUGAUGCCUUCAAAUAUACUAUGGUUUUGCUAUCAUUAUCAAAUGUUAUUUUAAGCAUCUUUUGGAUUUAAAGAAAUGAAUUUACUCUUGGAUGCUUGAUGAUUAUUGUAUGUUGUGGAUAAACAAUCACUUUCUAUUACAUUCUUAUUAAAAAAAAGUUCAUAACUUUAGUAGGCUAUUUAAUAUCAAUCCUUAGUUUAUUAUCAUCAUUUUAUCAAUUCCUACCAUACUUUUACAAAGAAUAUUAUGACACUGAAUUUAUUUGGAUUUUUGAUAUAUCCUAAUUUAUGGCACUCAAUUUUGCAUUAAGCCCUAAUUUUAUACUAAAUCAAUUUCUUUAGAUUCUAUUUGUUUCUUCUAGAUUAUUUAUGAGGAACUCUGCUUAAUUAAAUCCAUUUUCGUUUAUCCUCUUAUUAUAUUUGAUAUUGUUUUGGUAAAAAGAGUAUUUUAGAUAAAAACACAAUAGAACUUAAUUUUUUUUAAAAGAACAGUAAAAAUAAGCUUUAUUUUUAUGGGAUAAUUUGAUUGAAGAAAAAAUUGUGUUAUUAUCAUAUGAUGAAAUUUGGAAUAAGAUUGAUCUUGUCUUUGCAAAUUCCUCUAUAAAAUAAGUUAUUGAAAUUGAUUCUAAAGAUUUCUUAAAAGGUUUUAGAAUUUCUAAUUUAAAAAUUGAUUUAUAUCAAUAUUUAUUAGAACAGAUCCAUCAUAAAAACUAUCAAUUUUAGAUUAAAGUAGUACAUAGCUCAAAGAAAUAUGUAAUUGAUUGUAUAAUGAAUAAAUUGAUGGAAUUAAAUAUUUCAUUAAAAUUUACCGAGCUUUAAUCACAAAAAGAUUAUUAAAAUAAUUAUUCAUAUCUCAAGCUUUUAAAAAAAAUAAAAUUCAUUGAUAAAUAGCUUUAUUAUAAUGAAAUCUAAAAGUAAAUCAUUCAAUAAUCUUAUUACUUUAAAAAUGUAACAAUAAAUUAAGUUGAAUAAUUAAGUCUUUUUAAGAUACGUUCUUUUAUGAAUUUUAUAAUGAAAAGGAAUUCUGCAAAAAUUUUAUUUGAUCUGUAACAGUUUAACACAAAUUUGCCACUUUUUUUUAGUUUAUUAAGUUGCCUAUCAAAAUUAUACAAAAUUCAGGAAAUAUAAUUAGUAGAGCAAAGCUAAAAUUUAACUAGUUUGAUUAUAUAUGGAUUCACAUAUAAAAUUCCAGAAUAGAGAUUUGCAAUUUGCAAAAAAAUUAUUAAUCAUAUUGUAGAUUAGAUAGGCAUAUAUGAAUGUUUGUUUUACAAAAGUUAAUUUUUAUGCACUUUAGUAAACAUGCAAUAUAAAAUUGAAUCGAUUGCUUAGUAAAAUAAUAAAUAUAUAUAAUAGCUCUCUUGAAUGA